AUGUCUGCUGUCGACGCCCUUUCCAACACCUUGGCUACGACCAACAUUAACGACACCCCCAACACCAACGGUACUCCCGCGGCAUCGCAGCCCACUGAUGCUGCUGCCGCCAGUGCUGAUGAGGGUCGUCGCCUGUACAUCGGCAACCUUGCCUACGCGACCACCGAGGAGGAGCUUAAGGACUUCUUCAAGGAAUACACCAUCGAGAGCACCUCGAUCCCGGUGAACCCCCGCACCAACCGUCCCGUUGGCUACGCUUUCGUGGACCUUGCCACCGCUACCGAAGCCACUGCAGCCAUUGAGAGCCUCUCUGGCAAGGAGAUUCUGGCGCGCAAGGUGUCCGUUCAGCUCGCCCGCAAGCCCGAGCCCGCGGAGGCCAAGGAGGGUGCCGGUAGUGGCGGUGAGGGUGCCAGCGGCAACGAGGGUCGCAAGCGCACUGGUGGUCGUGGUCGUGGCCGUGGCCGCGCUCGCGGUCGUGGUGGCCGUGUCGCUCGUGGACGCACCCAGGACGGACAGGAGUCCACCGAGGUCAACGCCAGCGAGCCCGCUCCUCUGGCUGAGACCACCAACGAGAACGAGCCUGCUCCUACCGAGGGUGCCAAGCAGGGCAAGCCCCGCGCUCCCCGUCCCCAGAAGCAGCGCGGUCCCCCCGAGGAUGGUAUUCCUUCCAAGACCAAGGUCAUGGUCGCUAACCUCCCCUACGACCUGACGGAGGACAAGCUCAAGGAAAUCUUCGCCGACUACUCUCCCGUUUCGGCCAAGGUUGCCCUUCGUCCCAUCCCCCGCUUCAUGAUCAAGAAGCUGCAGGCUCGCAACGAGCGCCGCAAGACCCGUGGCUUCGGAUUCGUCAACCUGGCUUCCGAAGAGCUCCAGGCCAAGGCCGUCAGCGAAAUGAACGGCAAGGACAUUGACGGUCGCACCAUUGCGGUCAAGGUCGCCAUCGACAGCCCCGGAAAGGAGGACGAUGUCAAUGCUGCCGCCGACCAGUACGAGGAGGCCAACACCCCCGCCCAGGAGAACGCGGCCCCCGCUGCUGUUCCCGCCGAGGCUGCUUAA